AUGGCCGUCAAACCCAUCACCGGCGUAUGUGUUGCCAUUGAGCGCCCGCGCGCGUCCCACGGCCCCUGUGACUGGAAGCUAACCUCUGCCAUCCAGAUGCUCCGCCGCACCAUUGUGCUCGACCUCUCCGUUGCUAUGGGCCUCGGGGUAACUGCCGGCUAUGGCUGGUGGUACGGCUACCACGUCCCUGCUGUCCGCCACCGUGACGCAUACUACCAGAAGAUCGAAGACGAGCGAGCCGCCGCCCUCGGCCAGAAAUAA